GAGACAGUGAGGGGGAGAGGGCUCUAGAAGGGCAGGCGCCUGCUCUGAGCCUCCCAGAAUGUCUCUGGAAGGUGCCCCCCACGCCCCAGGCCAUAUCUCUCGUCCCCUUUAUUUUACAGAAGAGAUCAGAGGGGUCCACGACUGAAGGGAAGUGAUUGUAACGGCCUCUCGGUCUCCCAGCUGACCUGAAAGCCUCCCUCCAACUUCCUGGGUUCGCCAACCCCCACCCCUCAACAGCUGAAGUGAGCCCACUCCGGGCCCGCCCCAGCUCCGCCCCCUCCGGCGCAGUUCCCAUAGCAACAGAAAGACGCUUCUCCUGCAAAGAUGAGCACCGCCAGUACCUCCUCAUCUCGGCCGCAGAAACCGUCUGAGAAAGUACCGUCUCCGAAGUUCCUGACUUCAGAUUUCCUUUCAGAUGGCCAAAUCAAUGAUUUAAUAAAUGAAAACAUACAUGGAGUUCAAAAAAAACUGGAAGAGUUCUUAGACUUCCACAAACUUCCUACUUCUCUAAGAGAAGCCAUUCUGCUUGAUUAUUACACAUCCGGAUUCUGGUGGGCCAAAGGCAAGAACUUCACCGUUCCCCAACUGUCCAAAUUUAUGUCUUUGCUAGAGAAGCUGCUACACAACCUCCAGACCCUACAUGCAUCCCUGGAAGACAGCAUAAAGUUUCUGGGGGAAGUAAUGGCUGAAAUUGGACCCAAUAUCAUAGAUAAGCCUUACAUGAAUGUCUUUAACGUACAACAAGCCAACGAGAUCGUCGAUUACCUGAAGACGAGCUUAUUUCAACAUUAUAAGCUGUAUGAAUUUCUCUUCUUCACUCCCAGGGAUGAAAUUGUGAUAGGAACGGAGAAAGUGAUUGAACUUGUCAAGUCAGCAGAUUACCCUUUUCCAAAUCCCCUUGAAGAAGGCAUGGCAUAUGACAUUUAUUCAACAUUUUUAAUGCCGAAGCCUCCUCCAACACCAGUUAUCCAAGUUGAGGAGGUUGAGCAAGUGCUUUCGGAGGAGUCCCCUGUGGAAAGCGAAGUGGUCGAGGUGGAUCCCUUGGCCAAUUUCACCAUUGAAGAAGUCAAAACAGUGCUGAGUCAGAUCACGGAUGAAGUCAUAAACAGUAUUCAGGCUGAGAUAAACGAGAAGCUGCAGAUGCAGGAAGAGAACUUCAAUGUAAGGAUCGAGAAACUGAAACAGGCCUGAGGAUGCUCAGGGACAGGAGCCAGGCUGAACUUAGAGCGUCCUAAGCCCGAAACCCAAGAACAUUUCUAUAGCAUCCCAUCCUCUCAUGUCGUAGAGAUUUAUUGCCUUUUAUCCCCUUUAUUUUAUUAUUUUUAUUUUAUUUUCUUAGUCCUGAUUCGGCACUUUCCUGGCACAUCUCAGCAUAUAAGAGUUUGCAGAAUUGUAUGUCAGAUAUACAUGUUUUAGAAUGUUUUUGACAUCAUGCAUCAUAAACACGCUUCUUACAGAAAGAAACUUUUUUUUAAACCAAAAAGAUAACAAAUGAAAAUAAUUUUCCUCUCCAUUGAGUCCUUCACUGGACUUAGAACGCAUCACAGAAAUCGAGAGACGAGGGUUCUUAGACCAACUCUUAUUGGAUCCUCCCCCAUUCUGAGCCACUGAGUUUUCUUGUUUAGACCCUACAUGUGUGAAGCCCAUUUCCUGAAAUUAUAUAAUGCGUCUCUGAGCGGUUUAA